AUGAAUAAUAAUGAAUUUCUGGUUAAGCAGUUUGAAGUAUUAAAAAAAGAUGCAACAAUAGCAAUGUAAUAGUUAGCAAGUAACUUUGUUUUCUAAUUUGUUAGAGGAUUAUAAUAAUGUUUAAUUAGUGAAUCUAGCAAUUGAAUUAAAUUCAUUAUUAAGAAAAUAUGAAGUUGAAAACAAUAAAUUAAGAAAUGAAAUAGAUCAAUAAUAACAAAAGACUACUUCAGAUACACGUAUAUAAGAGUUAUAAUAAAAUUUGGAUGAUGCAAACAAUCGAUAUUAUAAUCUUUUUGAGCAAUAUUAGAAAUCUUAGAAAGAGAAUGAGAAGAUUGAAAAUUAAAGAAAAAAGCUAGAAAAAUAAACAAACGAAUAUAUUGUUACUUUAAAGUAAUAAAUUAAUGAUCGGCAAUCAAGAUUAUUUUAAAUUUACAAAGAAGAUUUAAGUCAAUAUGUAGAUAAGGAUCCUCUCUUUCCUCAAAAUAAAUAAUACUAGAAAGAAUUUGAAUAUUUUAAAAAGAGUUUUAAAGAGGUUUCAGUUUAAUGUAGUUUCACAAUCAAAGAGAUUGAAAAAUCUAUAAAAUAAGCUAAAGAAGAGUAAGUUGGUAAUGAUGAAAUAUUUACCUAAAACUUAUAAUCUUAUCAGAAUGUUUUAACUAAAAAUAUGGAGGCAAAAUAAGUUUUAGAAAUGUUGAUAAAGAAAUUUGCCGAUUUUAGAUAAUAGUCAAAUAUCACCGAUGAUGAAACUAAUAAUAUAUUGGAUUAAAAUGGAAGAAUUUUAUAGAUAUAAAACGUAAUCAUGAAUAAACUUCAUGAUAUUUUUAAAACAAUGUAUGAGAAUUUGGUAUGUCUUGAGAAAAAAAAUAAAAAAUUAUAACAUGAUAAUAAUGAAUUAAAUGAGAAGAUUAAGAAGUAAGCCUAAAUCGAUAAGUAAGAGAUAGGAAAUUAAUAACCAAUUAUUCAAUCAAUAAAAUAAUCAUCAAAUUUGAACAAUAUGGGGUAAAGUCAAAAAAAUCAAAUAUUUGGUAUAUAUUAAUUAUAAUUUAGUAAAAUUUAAUGAGCUUAGGAAUUUAUUGAAAUUUUCUAAUGAUGAAUUUCAUCAAAUUUUACUACAGUUUGUUUCUUAAGGAUUAACUAUUGCCGAUUUUAAAUUGAAAUAAGAGGGUUAAAAAUAAAUAGUGUAAAUGGUUAAUAAUUUGAAAUCAUCCAUUUAAGAUAAGAAAUCUAUAAGUUUUUAAGAAUUAAUAAACGAGUUUUUAAAGUUCUAAUAAUUCUUCAAUUAUCUAAAAUAAUAGAUAAAUGAAAAAAAUAAUCUGAUUGAUGUAUUUAAUAUUUAAGAUAAAUUCUUCAAAAAUUAUGAGAAGACCAUAAACCAUUUUGUUGAAAUUGAGAAAAUCUAUAAUUUAAUUGAUUUGGGUAUUUAACGAUGA